AUGACGUGUUUUGAGGACAUUGCCGCUUCGGCUAGACACGCAGGGCGAAAUUUGAUAAGAAGAUACAGUAUUUCACAUGUGAACCAACAGUUGUACCAUCAUCAUCUGCAGAUGUCGCUGUUUUCCGCUAUCAUCUCUCCCAUCACGGGGGUGUUUUUCUUCGUAUGGUCGAAUAUACUCAUAAUUUUGGGCACUCUGCUGAUCUCCGGUGUUUCGGCUUUCCUGAUUUCGUAUUACCUGUACGGUUAUUCAUCGUCUGCACAAAGUCGUUCCAGUUCUUCGGAUGGUUCUCCGACAAGAAUCAGCAAGAGGAGAUCGUCGACAAUACAUGAAAGUGAUGAAGAUCCACCUGGUAGUACUAAGGCUGCAAAACCGGACAUCAUCGAAUUACGUAGGAUGCGUAAGCGAGAUUGGGCGAAGAAACUUUACAAGAGCCUUCUGAAAAAUGACUCGCCAGGACGCCACUCUUCUGAAGAUUCCGAUUCAAAUCACGAAAAGAACGUGCGUCCUCGCUAUCUGAGGCGACGUCAUUCCACUGCAGGUCCACUUCAAAUGGCAAAAGAGUAA